UAAAAUCCGUGCGAACCGUUUUGAAUCGUAACAUUCGUUUUGUAGCGGUGUCCCCGCUCUCCCGCACCGCGGGGAAGCUUACACGCGUGGGGAGGGGGUCAUUUUAAAGAUUUCGGUCCCGCUAGGGGGACAGCGGGCUUUCCUGUGUGUUUUGUAAAGACAGAGGGUGACCUAGCGGCGUGUUUUGUCCUCCUUCGGGCUCGAUGUCUUUAAAUCGCGCUCCCGGCACUGGAAGGAGGCGUUGAUUGCGGAGCGCAGAUUUCGGCAUUGACACCCCACGUGUAGCCUGUUCAGCCCAGCUUCUAAAUAUAGACAUUACCAUCGUGUUGCCAGCGCUAUAUAUAGUCUGACAAGUGGAUAUAUACGCGCAUGAUCGGGGAUCCGUGCUCGUUGGAAAGGCGCUGCUGUGCUCGGGUUCUUCAAACCCUUUUAAAGAUGGCGUCGCCAUCCUCUGUAGUAUCCUCUCGUAUAAGGACAAUUUUACCUGUGAUUGUGCCAGCUGCAACAUUGGCGAUUGGAUGCUGGUGGUGGUAUUCUCGAAAGAAGAAGCAGAAUAAACAGACAUCAGAACUUGCUUCCCCUGCAGACCAUGUGCAGGCGGAUUGUGCUCCCCUGGAAUCUAUUUCUGGGCCACAGCUUGCACAGCAGAGAGUAACAUACCAACACGGCAAAAGCAAUGUGCUCGAUGACUUGUAUGCGGUGCGCGAUGACUUGUACGCGGUGCACCAGACUGACUUGUGUGUCUCUGAUUUAAACAACUCAUGGGACAGUGCUGGAAAUGAACCAAAAACUACAGAUGUUAAGUGUAACAACUUGCAGGUACCUUUGUGUCACUUGCUGGUAAAUUCUGAAGAAGAUGUUGGCUUGUUGAUAGAUCAGUCAGAAGACUUGGAAGGCAGAUUAAUAAAAACCAUUGAUUCUGUUGUCCAUAGCCCACCAGAUAACCCUCUUGUAGUAGGGGGAACAGAUCAGGAUUCACCGGACAUUAUCACAGUCAUAGAUAACCAGCCAGCUGACCCUGAAAUCUGUGCUAUCGAAGAACUAUUCCACAGUGAAGUGCCUGAGCUUCAUCCGCAAACAGAGCUCCCUGAAUCGCCUGCGACUGAAGGGCCAGAGCCCUGUGCUGAGUUACUGCAGAUAGCUGAAUCUGCAUAUAUGAAGUCCUCCUCCGUGAGAGACGAUAAGUGUGAUGAUUUUUUUGUGGCUUUUUCACAAUGUUUGGAUAAAAGAGAAGAAUCUGCCAUGUUAUCAAACUCUGUAGAUGAAGGCAACACUAGACCAAUUUUUGGAGACUAUGAAGCAAGAAUUGUUGAACAGCUUGCUAUUGACAUAAUAUCUAAAGUGAUUGUUGCAGCUAAACAGGAGAUUCUAGAUCACUCACUGUGCCAGCCAGUUGAUGUAGAGUUAGCCUAUGUAAUGGAUCAAGAAUGUGUGUUAGAGCAGGGGCAAGAACACGGAGUUCAUCAGAAUGUAAUUUGUUCCAAUGAAGAAAGUGACAGUUUUUCAUCAAAUUCCGCUUGUGAGUUUACACAAACAGAACACCACCAAACAGAUGACUUAAUAGUAGAGAAAGAAAGCAAAACAUCUGGCGUGGAGCAAUUCAGUGAAGAUAUUCUGGAAGAGGCUGUACAUGGGAUACAGAUGGAGCAAAAUAUUAGCCCAGUCAAUAGAAAUACAGAUUCCUUUGAAAGCCGCCCAGUCCGUAGAUAUACAGAUUCUUUUGAUGAAGGCCAAACUGCUAUCGACGAUUCAAGUAUGAGUGCCUGCACAUCAGAGGAUGGGAUUUGCAUGGACGAGCAACUGCAGAGUACAGUUCUGUCAAGUCUUGGGAUUGGAUCACCUGAUUCUUUGAGUACCUCUGGCAUUGAUGUGUCAAGAGAUCAAAUUAGUGUACGAAGAAAGAAAAAGAAAAAGGCUAGAGCAGCAAAUAGAAAGAACUUGGCUCUAACCAAUGGACAUGCAGAGGAUACUUCCCUUGACAUAAAGGGCGAAGUGACCAGUACUUCAGAAACAGAGGUUGAUCAUUCUGUUGGGUCCGAAGUGAACAGCAUGGAUUCUACUGAUAAUGGUUGUGUCAUGGAGAAAACUGAACAUACCGAGAAUAACAAACCGCAAACCGACCAGAAAAAUGUACAACUCGUUGUCUGGGAAAUUGAGGUUCCUAAGCAUUUGGUUGGAAGACUGAUAGGAAAACAAGGAAGAUUUGUGAGCUACCUAAAGGCGACUUCUGGUGCCAAAAUAUAUAUAACAACUUUGCCUUUCACACAAGAGUUCCAGCUGUGUCACAUUGAAGGUUCUCCAGAGGAAGUUGAUGUCGCCCUUUCUAUAAUUGGCAACAAAUUUAAAGACUUGGACCUAAGAAACUAUUAUCAACCAAGUUUAUUGCAGAGGCCUGUUACUCUUCCCGCCACAUCCUGGCUGGUUCUCCCAGAAGGUGUAACAGUCGAUGUACUUGUAUCAAAUGUAUCCAGUCCCAAUCAUCUUUUCAUCCAGCAGCAUACCCAUCCAACGUUUCAUGCUCUUUCUACUUUGCAUCAGCAAAUGUACUUGUGCUACUCUGAACCAGGGAUUCCAAACUUGCCAAUGCCAGUAGAAGUUGGCACACUUUGUGCUGCACCUAAUGAGCAAAGUGAAUGGUCCAGGGCACAUGUUGUGGCCUACUACCCCGAUACUGAAGAAGUAGCCAUCCGUUAUGUGGAUUAUGGAGGAUAUAAGAAAGUUAAAAUCGAGACUCUCCGGCAGAUUAGGUCGGAUUUUGUCAUGUUACCUUUCCAAGGUACAGAAGUCUUCCUGGACAAUGUUGUCCCUAUUGAUGGAGACAAUAAUGACGAAGCGGUUGCAGCAGUUGCACGGAUUCUUACUGGUGCAGCAUUUUACGCACAGGUCACAGGAUUUGACUUUGCCACAGGCAUUCAAAAGAUCCAGUUAUGGGGCAUGUUGGGUGAGGAGGUUGUGUCCAUCAACAACUUCAUUGUGGAAAGUGGCUAUGCUUGCUGGCAACAUAACUACUAACUCGCCUGCUAGUCAAUCUUUUUCCUGAGCUUGACUCUGUCAGCUCUGUUUAAGUGACCUGUGAAACCACUUCUUAUACUUUUUGAAUAAAAAGCCAUAUUAACUUAAAAAGCUUUUCAACUUUUUUAGUGUCUCUGUUAAUAUAUUGUAAAUAUAAUAAGUAAAACAACCUAAACUAAAAUAUUUUAUAUCUGCAUACUGGUUAUGGAAAGGGAACCUAAACUAUUUCCACAUGAUUUUGUCAACUUUUGCUAAAUGAAUGAUCUUGUCGCGCAAAACUUAUUGUGCAUUUAAUAAAAUCUGUGCAUAAACGUGUGGUGUAUUUAGACAUGAUGUUACUGUCCUCAAUUGUUUGCUACUUGGCUGUACAGAUGUAAAAAGUGACAAAAUUGAAACGAUUAUGGAAUUUGUGUGCUUUUUUUUAUUUCAUGAAAAAUGACUUUUUAAACAUGAUAAAGUAAUAUAAAUCCACUGGAAAUUUAUUGUAAAUGCAUAUUUUUUUUUUUUUGUUUUGGAACCUGUGGUGGUGAGUGGGAGAAAAAAAAAUAAAUGGAUAAAUAAAGCACUGAGAUGGAAGCAUUAAAACGAAA